CGGGAAAGGAGGUGAAGAUGUUGCCAUGCAGUAUGAUUUGUAAACAAACCACCGCAUUCUCUUAUAAAAUCGAUUAACAGUGUGAAUUAAACUAUUCGCAAACAGCAGGCUAGGCAGUAACCGCGUGGCUCAAGAUUCUAGAUAAACAUAUAUUUUGUGAUUACUUUUGUGUCCCGAGACAUUAGACAUCAUGUCAUAUGAAAGUUGGCUGGGACUAAUUAAAGCAGCCAAUAAAUCGUCUAUCAUUCAGGGAAAAGUGCGAAAAGUCCACUAUCGAUUUCCAGAUGGUAGAGAAAUGGCUGAAGAAUACAGUACAGAUACUGGAGUGGUGUUAAGGCGCGCAUGGAAAAACAAGACAGCUUUAUUGCAGAAAGAAGAAUGGACAAUUGAACUGGGCGAUUCAAUACCUGUAGGGUUAAAGGAAAAUGAACUAAUGCUGAGAGAAUCGUGCUCUGAGCCAAUGCUAUCAAAAAGGGUUACACGAAACGCUCUCGAAUGGAGAAUCCGAAAUUUACCAUUUCCCAUUUCCAUCUACACAGUAACAUGUGAGGAAAAUGAUGGAACGAUAACUGUAAGAACUUCAAACAAGAAAUAUUUUAAGAAGAUAGAAGUUCCGGAAUUAAAACGGUGCAAUAUCUGUCCAAGUCAGGAAGGUUUAACUGUAGCUCAUAAAAAUUGUACCCUUAUAAUAACGUACAAAAAGCCAGCUAUUUUGUUGGACAUGGAAAGGGCUAUAUUAACCAUACUGCAAGAUGUAGAAACUGUUGAAUGUAACAACUACCAGUGUGAAGACAUCCUAAGUGAUCUUAUGAUACAAUAAAAGAUAAAUCUUAUGAUUGUAAUAACAAUGUA